UCAAUAUAGCAGCAACACAUCCAGUGACUUGUGCAGUGUGACUUCAGACAGCCACUAUAAGUGUAGACAUUUAGACAAUUUAGACAAUUAAAAAACUGAAACAAGUGUGUCUUUACAGAGUGAUAACUAUUCCACUGAAAUAAUAGGCAAAGAGAAAAAUGGAGAUGAGUGAUGACAUUUAUGCGAAUGUUGAAGUAAAAGAAAACAGCAAAGCGGAUCCCUGUGACAGCGGGAACUCGUAUGAAGAUGUUUAUGAGAAUCAGGACAAUGCGGAGACCCAGAGACCCAGAAACUUUAAGCAAUCUAAGAAUACAGGAAUGGACCUUGCAGAAAAUAAAUGGUAUAGACUGACUGCAGUGUGUGUGGUGAUGCUGUGUGUUCUCCUUAUGAUGGCUAUAACAGUUCUGUGGAUUAAAUUGAACAACAUGACUACAGAAAGAGACCAGUUGCAGACCAGCUACAACAACCUAAAUGUUUCAAGAGACCAGUUACAGACCAGUUACAACAACCUAAAUGUAUCAAGAGACCAGUUACAGACCAGUUACAACAACCUAAAUGUAUCAAGAGACCAGUUACAGACCAGUUACAACACACUGACUACAGAAAAAUACCAGUUACAGACCAGUUAUGACAGUCUGAUUAAAGAGAAAGACCAGUUACAGAACAGCUACAACAUUCUAACCACAGAAAACAUCCAGCUAAAGAACAGCAACAACAACCUGACUAUAGAGAGAGACCAGUUACAGACCAGUAACAACAACCUGACUUUAGAAAGAGACCAGUUACAGAUCAGUAAAAACAACCUGACCAUAGAGAGAGACCAGUUACAGACCAGUAACAACAACCUGACUUUAGAGAGAGACCAGUUACAGAUCAGUAAAAACAACCUGACUUUAGAGAGAGACCAGUUACAGAUCAGUAAAAACAACCUGACCAUAGAGAGAGACCAGUUACAGACCAGUAACAACAACCUGACUUUAGAGAGAGACCAGUUACAGAUCAGUAAAAACAACCUGACUUUAGAGAGAGACCAGUUACAGACCAGUAACAACAACCUGACUUUAGAGAGAGACCAGUUACAGACCAGUUACAAUAACCUGACUAUAGAGAGAGACCAGUUACAGACUAGUAACAACAACCUGACUAUAGUGAAAGAGCAGUGUCGGAGGGAUAGAGAUGAACUCCAGAGGUUUUUUUCAGAACUGGGAUGGAAAUAUUUCAACUCCAGCUUUUACAGCUUCAAUACUGAGCAGAAGACCUGGACUAAGAGCAGAGAGAACUGCAGAGAGAGUGGAGCAGACCUGGUGAUCAUAACCAGCAGAGAGGAACAGGAAUUCGUCAAUAAACUGCGGGGUGGAGGAAGAGCUUGGAUUGGUCUGAGUAACAGAGAGAACAAGUGGAAGUGGGUGGACGAUACAACACUGAUCACUGGGUUCUGGGGAGAUAAAGAACCAAACAGAGCUGCAGAAGAAGAUUGUUGUGUUGUAAUUGGUGAAACAUCUGAUCCUGUGAAGAACUGGGCUGAUGAUCUCUGUAAAGAACAGUAUAUUUCGAUCUGUGAGAAGAAAAUCUUUAACUGA